AUGUCGAUCUGUCGUGGUCCUGACCCCAGGACCAGGAGUUCCUUCGGCUCCCCAGAUCCGGAUAGCGAUUACCGGAGCGUCCUGCACGCCUGCUCGCCCGAGGACCAGAGCGCACACUACCCGGAGGCAGCAUUGGCCGGUUCUCCUGGGAGCCCCUUGACAGCCACGCCACCUCCAGGCACCCAGGCCCAAGCUAGAUGUGAAGCCCGAGUGAAGCUGCUGGGUGAGGGGGGGAUCUGCAAGCUGCCAGGAAGACUCCGGAUCCAGCCUGCGCUCUGGAGCCGGGAGGAUGUGCUGCACUGGCUGAGCUGGGCCGAGCGGGAGUAUUCUCUGCAGCGCACCAGCGAGCACGGCUUCGAGAUGAACGGCCGCGCCCUCUGCAUCCUAACCAAGGACGACUUCCGGCUCCGCGCGCCAGGUUCAGGUGAUGUCCUGUAUGAGCUGCUCCAGUACAUCAAGACGCAGCGGCAAGCCCUGGUAUGUGGCCCUUUAUUUGGAGGGACCUUUCGGCAGAAGAUGACCAGUCGGUACUGCCCCUACUCCCUGGAAGAGGGGACCAGGCCCUCCCAGGUGGGCCCCCAAAGAGGCCUCCUGCAGCAGCCACCAGAUCUGGGGCUUACCAACUCCUUGAGUCACCUGGAUGCCCCUGGCCUGGCCAGGUGCCCCCUUGGCAGGGAGGAGCCUCGCAAGUUAUCUCACUGUGCGGAGCUCGGCUGUAGGGCUGAGGGCACCUGCUCCUUCCCCCCGAUGCCGAAGGCCCCCACCGAUGGCAGGAUCGCAGACUGCCGGCUGCUGUGGGAUUACGUGUACCAGCUGCUCUCGGACAGCAGGUAUGAGUCCUACAUCAGGUGGGAAGACAAGAACGCCAAGAUUUUCCGAGUUGUGGAUCCUAAUGGGCUCGCCAGACUCUGGGGAAACCACAAGAACCGGGUGAACAUGACUUAUGAGAAGAUGUCUCGCGCCCUCCGCCACUAUUAUAAGCUGAACAUCAUUAAGAAGGAGCCCAGGCAGAAACUUCUGUUCAGAUUUCUGAAGAUACCCGGGGAGAUCCUCCAGGACAAGGGCAGCCGCCUGGAGCAGUUGGAGAGCCAGGAGCAGGACAAGAUGGAUUUCAAGGAGGAGAUGCUAGAAGUCUCUCCGUGA